AUGGAAACCUGUGAUGCGCUUCACCAGGCCGGAGCCCUGGACACCAACACCAGGAAACUUAUUAAAUCCGUCCUAGGACAGUAUACGGGACUUCUGAAACCUGGGUGGAACGAAAGCAAAGCUCUGUCGACAAUGAGUAGAGUUGUUGGCCAAUUGCUAGGGAAACACAGAUACGCAUACAAUGGUAUGAUCAACAUACUCUACGUGGAUGACAGAGGGGAUGAGGUGAAGUUUCUCACUGCACUAGCCCAUAUCAUCUUCCAAGACGGGACCGUUAACUGGGGCCGUGUUGCCAGCCUGACAUCUUUUGGGACUGCGAUGUGUCAGUAUUUGAAAGACAAGGGGAGAGACAACUGUGUGGAGUUGGUGGGAGAGGAGAUAUCGGCAUACCUGCUCACUCACCACAAGGAGUGGCUAGUCGAACACAACUCCUGGAACGGGUUCGUGGACUUCUUUCCAGUAGCAGACCCCGAGUCCAACCUCAUGAUUUUUGUCGGAUUGGCUGGUAUUGGGGCAGCAAUGACCUUGUUGGUUAUGUGA